AAUGGUAUUACCAAAUAUUAUUUAGACAUCACCAAAUAUUAUUCAGUCGUCACCAAAUAUUAUUCAGAUAUUACCAAAUAUUAUUCAGAUAUUACUAAAUAUUAUUCAGAUAUUACCAAAUAUUAUUCAGAUAUUACCAAAUACUAUUCAGACAUUACCAAAUAUUAUUCAGAUAUUACCAAAUAUUAUUCAGAUAUUACCAAAUAUUAUUCAGAUAUUACCAAAUAUUAUUCAGAUAUUACCAAAUAUUAUUCAGAUAUUACCAAGUACUAUUCAGAUAUUACCAAAUAUUAUUCAGAUAUUACCAAAUAUUAUUCAGAUAUAUUAUUCAGAUAUUACCAAAUAUCAUUCAGAUAUUUUCACAAAUUUUCAGCUUAA